CUUUAGCGUAAUAAGUGCGUAUGUUGAAAGUCAGGUUUCCUAGGACGCAGUGGUUUCGGUCAAUUCGUCGUGUCACCUAACCCACCUUGUUUCUUCCUUUUUUUCUUCCACACUCCCUUUUCCGUCUUUCUUCCUCUAUUAAAUAACUCAUUUUCCCUUUUGGUCCUGUUGAAUGCCGCCGAAAAUCACAAAGAGCCAUGUUUUUACUAAAAACAAAUCCACGAAAGAAAACAGUUCUAGUCAUCAUGAUAGUGUUCUCACUGUUGAUGAUUUCACUUCAACUUGUACGGUAUCAAUAUGACGGCAUACCUCUUCCGAGCCGGUUACUGCAGUGGUCCACAGACAAUUACAACGAAUUUAUGAACAACAACGGCAGUACAAAUGGCUAUGACACCGGCGACAACGAUGAUAAAAAUGGAUCACCGAGAUUCCUCAAGAGUCCUCAACCACAAGCUAUUGAACAUGUACCUACGAGCGACGAAAAGUAUUUGACGUAUUUACCUUACUCUCGAUUCUCGAAUCAACGCAGCACGCUUUUAAAUGCUGCAUUAUUGGCGAAAUAUUUGAAUCGAACCUUGAUUGUGCCACCCAUGUUCUUGGGAAGUGCUAAUGGCUGGUCACCUGCUCCGGGACUCUAUCGUGUACUGGCCAACAUGACCGACGAUCAAUUCCAAGAUCGUUGUUUCGAUGUUGAAGGCAACGUAAUUCCUGAGGAACCUGUUUGGCAAGGUGAAGAAGUCGCUUUUGGAUGCUAUAAUUUCACUACGUAUGCCAUGUUGCCUUGGAGCUGGGCAACGGAUUUGCAUCGAUUGACGCGCAGUGAAGAUGAAGGCGGUCUAGGCAUCAAUAUCAUGGAACGGUCGGAUAUGUCGCUAGUGGCCUUGCAGAAAGAACUUGAUCUACCAGAAGAAGAGUUGUAUCUGAUGCAGGACAACACGAGAUACCAAUGGCAUAUCUACGAGAAAGAUGGUGAUCCACGCAACCUGCGCUACCAAUACGAAAUAUCGCUUCGAGAAUUGGAUGGCAUUCAGCAACGGCUACUGCACUUUUAUGGCAUCUUUGGCUACGACCGAUUAGAACUCGACUCGGACGAAAGCGACGAGUACCGGCUCCGGAUCGAACAAGCGCUUAUUUUCCGGCAUCCGGCCAUUGGCGAAGCAUCGGCCAUGAUACUGGGGCAGCUAUUAAACGGAAUCGAAAAGGAGGAAAGCGAGCUCGUGCCACUUGACCCUUACCAAGCGCAGGAAAAAGAAGAUCAGGAACAAGAGGAGUACGAAUUGCCACGCUUUGUCGCCGCCCAUGUCCGCGCCGGCGAUGGUGUCUUUCUCAAGAAGCUCAAAGACCGAGUGCCUGAAUUUGUCCACCAGAUCUGGGAUAUCAUGACAGGCAACGAGACGACGACGGACGACCUGAUUGGCUCAACCAACAAGAUUAAUGCCACACAACCAACCGUUCCAAGACACAAGCUGUUCCCGCUACCCAAGGCACCUUAUGAGCUGCGUAAGGAAUUGUCACAGAUGGAUCUGGCAACACGACUCAGCGAGUGUGCGAAGCGGAAUGAAAUGGUACUGUAUGUUGCCACGGAUGCAGAGACUCCUCGUCAGAAUAAGGAGUUGAAACCUAUAAUCGAUGCAUUCCCCUGCACCUUCUUCAUGGACGACUUUCCUCGCGAUUGGAGAAUUCCAUUGACCAACGUGAGGUCACCUUUGGAUCCCAAAAAGGAUCUUACCGAAUACCUUGUCAUGUUUGUGGAUGCGACCCUGUGUUCCUGGGCCGAGCGUUUUGUGGGCACCCGAACAUCCACAUUCUCGAAUUAUAUUAAGCAGUUCCGACAUGCGAUCGUCGAUGAAAUGAUUGAACGACGAGAGUUCGAUGCAUAAGCUUCUUUAGCAUAUUCUCUUUUCUUAUUUUCUCUACAUUGCACAACACUUUCCUCCCUUAAUUAUUCAUCCUGCUUCUGUUUUAGAUGUGUUUUUUUCUAGUAUUCUCUAUAUUCAUAAUCCUUUCUCUUUCAUGUACAUACACAAGCCAUCGAGCUUCCUUUUCGUUUCUCUCUUCUUCUUCUUCCCACCACUCGCACGCUUCUCUCGUCUAGAAUCAUUUGAACAUUUGUUUCCUACUCUGUUCCCGCCCUCUACGUUUUAUUCCUCAAAUCCGUUCCAUCACAACAUUCCUCUCUCUCUCUCCCCUUCCAGGCAAAGUACAUUUCCUUCAUAUAUUAUAUUAUCAUAAAAAAAGCAUAUUUCAGAGUUCU